AUGUCUGACAUAGUGCUGGGUGGCACCCAGGAGGGCGGGAACGGCGCGAGCGAAUUUGUGCGCAAGCUCCUUAGAAUGCUUAAAGACGUAUCACAUCAGGAUGUUGUCAGAUGGGGAGAAGACGGUGAGACAUUCGUUGUGUUGGACGUCGAGAAGUUCACCAGAUUGGUCCUGCCGAAGCAUUUCAACCACCGCAACCUCUCGAGCUUCACUCGACAAUUGAGCAAAUAUGACUUUCACAGGGUGAGGCCAUUGAGCGACAAUGAAUCUUCGCCCAACGCAAAUUUGCUGAAAUUCAAACACCCAUAUUUCCUGGUCGACAGUAAAGAUGAUAUUAGUAAGAUUCGCCGGAAAGCAUCUGCGCCGAGGAAACCACAGGUGACGGGGGAUAUCACUGCCAACCACCACAUCGGUGUCAUAUCUGAACAGCUGGCGGCCACACAGCAGCAGAUGCAACAGCUCCAAGAGCUACUCGCUGCUGUGUCACAGACUAAUAGACUUCUUAUCCAUGAAGUCUUGACUUUACGAAAGAUGCUCAACACCCAGAAGCAAGCACAGCACGAGAUGUUGAACUAUCUCGCCCAGUGGAGUGAGGCUCAUAACAGCGGACUUUUGGGCAAGUCGAUAAAUUGGCACGGUGCAGUGUCAACCGCCGAGGAAGAUGGCCCGGUACCCGAGUUGCGAAGAGCGAGGGAGCUCCUUUCCAGCGUGACGGUCAACUCGAUUGCCGACCGCGAGCUCGGUUGUCUUCACGACGUGCAUGUAUCCGCGGCCGAAUCCGCGGCCGACCCGACUCCCAUGAUUAUGCUGGCCUCUGUGGUGAUGAUGUAUGAUCCCAUGAGUAAUGGCACCGUCAUCUCACAGCAGCAGCAGCCCUCGACGACUUUGGUCAACCCGCCAACUUCGCCGACGACAGACAACAAUGGAUAA